AUUUUUUGCACCAGCUUUUGGUCUGAUUGCUUAUAUUAAAUUAAAUUAACUUACCUGUUAGCAAUAUGACAUCGUACACGGAUAAAGGACCAAAACCAGAAGCAGGAAAAUUUCUCUGCUUCGACCAUGUAACAUUUUGGGUGUCAAACGCUAAACAGGCAGCCUUGUAUUAUUCGGCCAGGCUUGGUUUCAAGGAAGUUUGUUAUGAGGGGCUGGAAACAGGAUGUAGGGAGUAUUCGGCACACGUUUUACAGCAAAAUAAGAUUUUCUUCGUCUUUAAAAGUCCUUUGGAACCGGACAGACCAACCGAAAUGGUGAAUUUUUUGAGCAAACAUGGCGAUGCGGUGAAGGACAUUGCUUUCGAAGUUGAAGACUUGGAUGCCAUAUUCAACAAGGCAGUAGAGAGAGGUGCAGUUGUAGUUCAACACCCACAUGACAUCACGGACGAUUUCGGAACAGUUAGACUGGCCACCAUCCAAACAUACGGAAAUACAACACACACGUUCGUUGAUCGUUCGAAAUUUAAGGGUCUGUUCAUGCCGGGAUUUCAGAAGAGUUCUGUCGAGGAUCCGCUAAUUAAGGAUUUGCCAGAAGUUUUGUUGCAAAGAAUUGACCACAUCGUUGGGAAUCAACCUGAUCUAGAGAUGGAACCUACUGCUGCUUGGUACGAGAGGGUCUUACAGUUCCACAGGUUUUGGUCUGUGGACGAUAAGAUCAUGCACACGGAUUACUCAGCACUGCGUUCGAUCGUGGUGAGCAACUAUGAGGAGACGAUAAAAAUGCCCUUGAACGAGCCGGCACCAGGCAAGCGAAAGAGUCAGAUCCAGGAGUACGUGGAAUACCAUGGUGGGGCGGGAGUGCAACACAUUGCACUCGUCACUCCCGAUAUUAUAACCACCAUUAAGCACAUGAGAGAGAGGGGUCAGGAAUUUUUAUCAGUUCCGAAGAAAUACUACGACAACCUGAGGGACCGGCUCAAGUCGUCACCCAUCGAAGUUUCAGAAGACAUCGAUUUGCUUCAGAAGUUGCACAUCCUCGUCGACUUCGACGACCGCGGCUACUUGCUGCAGAUCUUCACGAAGAACAUGCAGGACCGACCAACCCUCUUCCUCGAAGUCAUUCAGCGCCACAACAACCAGGGUUUUGGAGCUGGAAACUUCAAAUCGUUGUUCGAAUCAAUUGAACGAGACCAAGAGCAAAGAGGAAACUUAUAAUAAUAAUAAUAAUAAGUGAUAGUAAAAAUAAUAAUAAUUAUUAUUAUUAUUAUUAUUACGCUGACGAUGAUGACCCAGAUUCAUAAUUAACAAUUCAAAUAUUAUUGACCUAUUUACGAGAACACUAAUAAAUCCAUUUAAAUGAAAAUUAACUAUUGAACAACAAUUGACUCAUGAAUGGCAUACAAAUCCAAACACAUACUCAUAAAUACACACACAUACAAAUACACAUACAUACAAAUGCACACACAUACAUACAAAUACAUACACACAUAAUCAAUGAGAUUAAAGAACGAUUGAUUUGAUGAUUUUUAUUCCAAUAAAAUAUAUCCUCUGCCAAUUGAAUUGUAGAUGAUAUUAAUGUGUGUGUGUGUGUGUGUGAGUGUGUAUGUGAGUUUGUGCUUAUGUGUGUGCGUGCGCUUAAAUAUUUAUAAAAAUUUAAAAAAAAUCGACAACAUCCUCAUAAAACCUUCUCAAACUCUUUCAAAAUUCGAAAAGUGAAUUUUCAUCGCUUCCCAUUAUUAAAAUACUCCUCGAUAGCCGGCACGCCCUUCUUGCAGACGGCGAGGGGUGGAUUAGUGAUCGGGUUGUCGUCGAUGACGCAUGAGGGCACGAACCCCACGCCCCAGUCUAACAUUUUCAACUUAACGAACGUUUUCGGCAGGUUUUUCAACCUAUUCUGACCCAACCAGAGAAUGUUUAAGCUGGUUAGUUGGCCGAUGGAUUCUGGUAGCCUAUCAAUUCUGUUCGAUGUUGCUAUCAGUGUGUGCAAUUUUUUCAAAUUCGAGAUUCCUUCGGGAAUUUCUCUGAUUUUGUUGCAGCUGAUGUCAAUAAACUUCAAUGACGUCAUUUCACAGAUGGCCUGAGGAAAUUUUUCAAAACGAUUAUUAGCCAGAUGAAAGCUCUCCAACUUCUCCAAACUACUUAACGUAUUAGGCAGCGAUGUUACGAAAUUAUUACUAAUCGAUAAAUACUCGAGAUUCGACAAAAACUGCAAUUCGUUCGGUAUUCGAUCCAGACUGUUCGUGUCGAGAUUGAGAAUUUUCAGAUUGGCUAGGUGGCCUAUUGUUGUUGGAAGGUGCGUCAUAUGAUAAUCGAUACAAGCUUCCCUUUCGGGACUGAGAUCUAGUGCCUCAAUUUCAAAUAAAUGAAAUAUCUCGAUAGGCAAUUCAUUCAAAUCUUUUCCACAGAGUUUCAAUUUUUUCAAUUUUCGAUUCGAAUAUUCGUCGGUUUCGAUUCGCAUUCGUAACUUUCGAAUAACCGACUGAUCGAUUUGGCAACCCUGUUCGCAUAGAACCGACAUUAUUGUUAUAAAAAGUGAUUAUUUAAUAUAUUUUAAUUUUGUUACUCCAUUUAUGAUCGAAAUGUUUUAUAAACUUUUAUUAUACUGCAGUGUGAUUAGGUGUGAAGUACGGUUCUUCUGAUAGUACAUUAUUAAUUCAAUAUUAAUUUUAAAUGAACCAAAUUUGUCAUGAUUUAAAUAAAAAUCUAUCAAAAUUAUCUCAUUUUCUUACAACGUAGCUAA